AGGAGUCCUAUGGGACGUUCAGCGAUGAGUACCUCUGGGAGACGAUGGACAUCGAUGACAGCCGCAUGGAGGACUCGAAGGCUGACGGCACCCGCUUUAUCAGCGUCGUGAGCCCCAGCCUGAGCCCGACGCUGCCGCUCACCCAGACCCCGAGCACGAGCAUCAGCAAGACCUCGUCCUCCAGCAAGACCUCGUCCUCCAGCACCUCCUCCCAGAAAAGUUUUCCUAAAAUAUUUCAGACAUUUAGGAAAGAUGUGCCUGAAAUAAAUUUCAGUAGUUUGUAUCAAGGAACCCCAAUAUCAGUACAAACAGAAGAAAGUUGGCUUCAAAACUUGUCUUACAGAAAGUGGUCUGGGAAGAGAACAUCCUCCAUAAGGAAAGAAAGUGAACAUGAAAAUCUGGCUUCUAAGUUAAGAGAAAAAUGGGUAAUUAAUCCAGAAGAGCCAAAACUAAAUAUUUUAUGUGAGCUGGAGUUCAAGGAAGACUUCCUAACACUGUUUGAACCUUCUUUGAGAACUUUACCCAGCGCUGGGCCACCAACCAUUCUGGCAUUCAAACAAGAGAGUUCCAAUUUAGGCAUUACCUUCAAGGAAGAAGAGGAGGAGAUGUUGCCCAAGUGUGAAUUUUGUGGGAGCGAUCUAAGAAUAUUUCUUUCCGAUAUGGAUAUUUACUCUGACAACAGUAGCUCUGAACCUAUAGAACAUACCCCCUGUUGUAAUUAUUUCCAAAAUCUGACUGACUACAUCUAUGAUGAAAAUAAAAAAAUCCAAAGCACUAAAACUGAAUUAAUCUCCAUCAAACCUCAUGCAGCUUACGGCAGUGAAGUUGAUAGACUCAAAGCAAGGGAAAAAGCCCUGCAGAGAAAACAGGAGCGAAAAAUGGCCAAACAUUUGACAAUAAUAACAAAUGAACAGACUAGUUUCUUUGAAGAAGAUUCAAAACACUUUAAAACAAUUUCUUAUCAACUUUCCGUGGAUAUUCCGGAAAAAGACACAACUGAUGACAGAUCACUUGAUUUUCAACUAGACGAAAGAAACGUAUCUAUUAUUUGCUGUGAUUCUAGGAUAGCAUGUGGAAAGAUUGUAAGGAAUGAACUUUUAGAGAAGUACUACAAACAUGGGAGCAAGUUUCUGACUUCAUUUCCAGAUGGGACAACUCAAAUAUUCUACCCAUCUGGAAACCUAGCCAUCAUCCGUGUGCCCAACAAGACAAAUGGCUUCACUUGCAUAGUCCAAGAAGACAUGUCCACUAACCCUGCGAUCCUGGCAGUGCUAGAUUCUUCUGGCAGAAGUUCUUGUUAUCAUCCCAAUGGAAAUGUCUGGGUAUACAUCAAUAUCUUAGGAGGUCAAUAUUCAGAUCAAGCUGGCAACAGAGUGAGGGCUUGGAAUUGGUCAAGUUCUGUCACUUCUUCAACCUUUGUUUCAUUUAAACCUGUCUUUCUGGCCUUGAACCAUUAUGUCGGAGUUCGCAUCUUAGAACAAGACAAGAUUUCAAUCACUUUUCUAGCAAUGGGCCAACAGGCAAGAAUUAGUGUUGGAACCAAAGUGAAGCUACUGAACCCUGAGGAGAUUCCAAUUUUCCGAUACAUGAAUGGGGAUGACCUGCUGCUGCUGGCCAGUUUAAUAAAGAUUCGACGCCUAUUUCAUAAACUUGAAGGAUGUGUGAAUUUUCCCUCCAGCCAAGUUUGGGAAAAAUUUAAGCAACCUUCCUACCUUUCUUCACUUUCUCUAAAACUAAUUGCCCUUUGUCACAAUUCUGGUAUAAAGCAAGAUACAAAAACAGCAAUAGCAGCUAUAAUAAAUGAAAAACUUUAACUAAGAUUGAUGGUACUUUCAGUUGUUUUGUUGUUGUUUUUUUAGAAGGGGGUGUGUGUGAGAGAGUUCAAGAAACGUGUGUAAAAUGACCAGGAAAGACCAAGAAAUGCACUUUAUUACAAAUUUAGAGAACAUCUUGAGUCAUCACUGGUUUACAUUCUUGGUCGGAAAACUAAACAACUCACUUUCAGGACACCAGAGAAUGAGCAAAUCAGCAAAAGUAUCUAGAUCAAUUAGAGUUCUAUCAGGAAAACAGAAAGCAGGAAGGGAUUAGACGCUUCCAACACCAUCCAAAAGGAUGGGCAUGUGAAGGUCAAGAAAAACCCUGCUGGCUUUCAGAAAAUCUGCAAGUGAAGGAAUCUAAGGAAGCCAGGGAGCCAACAGCACCAAGGUGAGAGAGUGGCAAGAGCUUUUCUGGAAGAGCUGCAGCCUCACAUAAGAAUGAAGGAAUAACAAGAAAUUGCCAUCUACCUAAAUAUCCACCCCUCCUGCCAAAGAUGAAUGAUGGCUGCUGCUUCUCUCUCACUUUGCAAACCUCAGGCAGGUGCCUCUCACUGGAACCGGCUGGCAAGAGAUUAUCUCCCCUUCGAAGGAGAGAAAGGAGAGAUGUUGCUGAAUCUUCAAGGA